AUGCUUGUUGCAGCAACGGACUCUAUUGUGGUCAUCGCCUCCCCUGUACCUUCACUGUCAGCAGGAGCUGGUAGAGUUCGUAUUCUUCGUAUUUACCACAUGGAGCACCGAGAAUGGAAAAGAAUUACUCUACCAGCAGGACUCUCAAAAUGCUACGCCAACUCCGAAAUGCUCAUUGCCACUUGCCAUGGAGGUCAAGCCAUCAUCUGGGAGUGGAACGGGGUCGCCACGGAGUUGGCCAUGGAGCACGAACCCCCAACGCAUCAUCCGCACAGCGCGUAUCUACUCUUCGGCGGUAUUCCUGGAGCCGUAUUUCAUCCCUCAGAGCCCGGCUUAAUCUUCCUUGUCUGGGUCUAUGGAUACGAGCUGGCGUUUGUUCCAGAUGAGCAUGGGGCCAAGUCUUGGUCGCCAGAAGACGUCUCCCCCGCCUGCACAUUCGUCAUUUCUCGAUAUGAAAAGGACCAAGAAGGACACUGGACUCCCACUGCGCGCUUCGAGCAUUCUUCAAAAAUCCCCUACGUUCAGGAACGCCAUGUCGGCACACCAAAAAGUGUCUCUGAUGUGGAGAUUUCUCUAGACUGUCAAAAGGUAGACUCGAAUGGGUCAUUUAGCCUUUGCUUCAUACGAAGUCGGUCGCAUUACGACUGGCCCGCUCCGCACCGCAGUCUACACGCAGUCGUGAUCCAAUGCUUCAAUGUUUUUACAAUGGGUUUUUUCGAUGCGUCAUAUUGGAAACCCCCAGGAGAGGUCGAAGGUAUCGAAUCCGCAGUUAGCAACAAUGAGUCGGGGACAUGGUGCGACAGCAGACCUCAGGCAACUCGACUCUGGAAUAUGCAGAUUUUCGAGGUGCACAAAACCUUCUCCGUCUCCGACGCAAGCUUUGACUUUAUAUUCGAAGACGACGACGACAUCCCGCGACAAAGGGUCUCUUGCUUCAAGCCAGGGACGGACAGUGAUGAAGGAUGCCAGGAGGGUGAUGCGCGCCACUUUGAUUGCGAAGAUCCCAAGACGACUUCUGGGAAUAUUUCCGUCUUUGUUCACGACCACUUGAUGGUAUUUUCAACUGACAGCGGGUACCAUAUCGCUAUGCCUACAGAUCCCAACGGGGAUGACCACUUGUGGCUGUCACCAACACGUCUCUCGACGCGCUUCAAGGAUGACGCCCCGAGGCAAUCACCGGUUUCACCCCCCAAGAAAAUGGACAUUUGCCAUUGCUUUGCUAGGCCUCACCUAGCGGAUUUAGAGCGUUUCAGGCCCGGAAUACCAGAAUAG